AGUAACAGCUUUGCGUGCUAUCGUUGUGAAUGGUGAGAAGAUUGAUGAAGAGGCGUGCUAAUUAAUUAACAGUUUUUUAAUGUUUCGUGCGGAUUAAGAAAGUGAUGGGAUGCGCAUAUGAAUCCAAAUAAAGCUAUGGUUCUGUGAGAAGUGAACAACGUGUGAUUUUUAUAAUUACUGGUUUAGCCAAACAUGAUUGAUGUGAGUGUGUAUGGAAAUCAUGCAAUGCACGCGAGUGGAUUUCAAAGUAACGAACCAGGAUCAGAUGGAUAUCCUUACUUAUCAUCAAACCAUCAUCAUCACCACUAUCACUACUAUCGACAAUCUGGAUCAGCAGAGUGUAGCAGUUCAGCUGAGCCUAUAACGUUUCCUUCCCAGGCUCUGGGGAAUUCCAGCAAUACUAGUGUAAAUUGCACCAACUCCUCAAAUCCUGUACAGCAGCAGCCUUUUUCACAUAGUCAUUUGUACAGUCCAUCAGCAGUGGAAUAUGGAAUUACAACAUCGAAUUCACCCUCUGAAUUGUACUUCGACAGUGAUACGCACAACAUGUUCUACAGCAGUCAAGCGCCAGCCGGGCCGUUCCAGCAAACGCGUAUCAUAAGUGCAGAUAAUGGUUUGAGCUAUACUAAUCUAGAUUAUAUGUAUAGCACACAAGAUUGCGGCGAUGGCUUAGUUAACACGGAAAACAAGUACAAUGUACAUCGUUACGCUACUUUUGGAAUACCUCCUUCGAGUGAAAGUAUCAGUGAACAUCAACAAACGCCUAGCAGUUCGUGGCAAUCGCAAUUGUUUUCCGAAAACACCACACAGAAUUGUGUAACUAUUUGCCCUUCUCUGAACAGCUUAGAACCACAAGAAUUGAAUUCAGCCCGCCUGGAUAAAGAUUCUAAGAUAGGUCACCUAAAUCAGGUCGGAGACUUAAUCAGCGACGGCAAUAAUUCCUUACUUCAACUAAGAAAUGAGCAUUUGUCGCAACAAAAACAACAGAAUGCACCGACUUACAAAUGGAUGCAGGUUAAAAGAAAUGUGCCAAAACCCCAAAACCACAAACCGUCACCUCAAACUGUAACGGAGUUCCACAUAAAUCAUCACAUUGUAGAUCCACUGAGAGGAAUUCCGAGUGAACAUAGCAUGGGUCACAUUGAUACAUCCCAUCAUACCAGUUAUUUGAUAAAUAACACGAGUACUGGCAGAACAAACUUCACAAACAAGCAACUGACAGAGUUAGAGAAGGAAUUUCAUUUCAAUAAGUAUCUGACCAGAGCACGACGCAUCGAAAUAGCAAAUUCAUUACAUCUGAAUGAAACGCAGGUAAAAAUUUGGUUCCAAAAUCGACGAAUGAAACAGAAAAAGCGAAUCAAAGAGGGUUUAGUUCCACCAGAUUCGAAGUGCUCAUCUCCGAAGUUGAAUACCAGCAAUUCGUCCGAAAGUAACGUUAUCAAACAUCCAAACUCCGAAAGCAAUGAUAACAGCCGUGAAUCCGUUACAUUGUGAACAGUCAAACAAUUUAUGAAGUUACUAAUUAAGUGAGCUUGAGCUUUUAUGUGGUAAUUUUUAUUAUUUACAUUCAAUAUCUAUUUAUGUUUGUAUCAAUGCGGUCAUUCCACAACACUAUUGAACUUUUCAAAUAUUGAAAAAAAUAUUAGAUGAUUUUAUAAAUUGAAUUAUGCAAAAUUAUCCUCGUGACAUUUUUUAAGUUUAGUUUUAAUUGUUAAGGAUGGCUGAGAAUUUUAGCCAAUUUAAAGGUAGAGAAAAAGGAAUUCUACGAUAAUUUUCAACUAGUCAUGUCACGAAUGUUUCAUAGUUCAGGUUUUGAAAUUAAUGUUAUUCAUAUCAGGGUGGGAUAGUAAAACGAAAUGUGUGCUGCGUUUUCGAAGUCAUCAAACCAUGUUUCAGUUUAAUAAUCAACUCUUAAAUUUGCUAAAUAUGGUAGCUCACGGACUUCUGUUUUCGAAGACAAAAUUCUACUGCCUCCAGAACUUUAUAUUAAUCUGUUUAUCAAAACAACAAAUUGUACGAAAUUUCACUCAAAUUCAACAAUUCUAAUGCGGUUUUCAUCAUCUUCAAAGUACGAAAUUUGUGAAAGAAGUUAAAUUUUCCACUAAACUCUUUUAGUAAUUUCAUGCAAUACAUUUGUAUUAUUAGAACUUGAUUUAAGUGAAUAUUUGAAGUCAGAAACAUCUUCAAGUAAUGCGAAAAAAAUAAAGUCUCGAUUAUCUUGAUAAGAGCAAAUUUAAACAAUCAAAAAUGUAGCCUGAUUGAUUUCAGUAUGAGUCUUUAGAGGUGAUUUCAAAUUGUUUUUAACAGCAGCAGAUUUUUAAGCAUAUUUUUUUAUGAGUUUUUCAAUAUCAUUUUUAUAAAACAAAAAUUAUCUUCCUAUAAUAACAAACCACGGAAAAGCGAAAGGCAUGCAUUAAAUAUGUAGAAGCUAUUCGCUGCUCAAUAAAAAAAAUGUAUUAAAAAUGGUUAUCGUCAAACUAGCCACAUUCCUCCGGAUAUUUUUUUAUCAAUGCACACAUGCGAAUUUUACAGAACCCAUUUUUUAAGAAUCAUUUUUGAAAAUAUAGGCGUUAUUAAGCGAGUUAUAGAGCAUUAUAGCUUACCAAAAUUGGUAUGGUGUCUUCGAAAAGGUCAAAUCAUACUUGUUUUGUACAUCAAUUCACAUGUGUAUACAGCUCAUUUAAGAAAAAUACGUCAAUGGUGAUAUUGAGUUGUAACUGAUAACUGGUGCAUUUAUAUCAACUUGAAAAGAGAUUGAUAUUGCAAUUUCAACGAGAAUAUUUUAUUGAACCUCACCAAUUGACAUGCUAAACUGCAUUUUCCUUAAUAAGUGAUUCCAACAGGCUCUUUUUUAGUAAUUUCAUUGAAAGAAAAUAUACCAAAACUUCUAAACAUAAUUGAUAUUUAUACAAAUAAGAAAACAUACCUUAAAUCAAAAGCAGAAUACAUUAAAAAGACUAAAAAAAUAGCAAAAACACAGUAACUUAUAAAAUAGUAUAUUUACGAAAUACUAUAAAUGACAUCGGAUGUUCCUCUUUAAAUAAUAAGUAAUGAAAAUUGUAGUUAAAAAAUAAAAUAGAAUCUGUUGCAACACGUGU